UCGGAGCCAGUCGACAGUCGUCAGCCGUCGACCGUGUGCAUAUACUGUGCGUAUCGCGCUCCGCGUCCACUGGAGUACGUUUUUCGUGUUUAUACAGUUUUACCGAUAAUAUUAUUAUUUGUGACAUCGCGUGAAAAAACCAUUCUUAAGUCGCACGUCGUUCAUAACAUUAUUAUUAUUAUUAUUAUUUCAUCGGCCGAAUAAUAAAAUAUAUCGAAAAUCGCGUCGACGGUAUAACAAUAUUAGUGCGAGCGUGGAAUUAAAUAUCGUUGACUUCUCACCGUUUGUCGUUGCCGAAAAAGAAUCCGUCGGAAUGAUAUCAAUAUAAUGACAGCGCUCCAUCGUUCGAUUUGAUAAUAUUAUUUAACAGUACUGCGGGUGAAGAUGACCGCCAUCCACGUCACUGCCACCAUGUCGAUGACAAUCGCUCUGCUGCUGUCGGGCAUGCUGGCGUCAUGCGGCGGAGAAGGACUGGUGGAAUUGGUGGACGCCGGCACUAAUGCCGUGGUCGACCACAGUCAGGUGAUGUGCGAGGACGUGCGAUUGAAGUGCGCCUUUGGCCCGGGCUGUUCGAUGGCACUGCACAACUAUUUCGCCAAGUGCGACAGGAUGCUCCAGGCCGACGCGACCACGUGCCCCGAAUCGUGUCUGUACGCGCUGGUCGCGCUCAUAUCCACCGAGGACGGCAAACGGAUGUUGGACUGCACGUGCCGGGACCGCUACUGCGAGGAGAUGAAGGCCCGCGUGGAGGUGUGUCGGCCAUUUGUGAUGGAGGCGUCCAAGAACGAGACGGUGGUGCCAUGUGAGCUGGCCAAUUGGGUGUGCACGGUGGACCCGGUGUGCUCGGCGGCACUGGGCUACUAUCAAACGUACUGCAGACGGAUGCUCCUCGGCGUGGCGUGCACAGAGCGGUGCCUUAACUCGGUGGAGAUACUCCAGCGGCAGGAGAAGGCGUCCAAGAUGAACCGGUGCAGGUGCACCGGAAAGUCAGCGGUCGACUGUCUGCGCCAGAAGGAGCGCAUGGUCAGGCUGUGCUACGGCGGCGAGGCGGAUCCGCGUCUCCAACAGCAGCAGGGGGGCACUAGUGGCGGUGGAGGCAACAAGUCCGGCGGCCGGAAGAACCGGAAAAAACACCGUCCCAAGAUGUUCGACCUGGACCCGGACCGGGCCGAGGUAGAAAUGAUGAUGGCUAACGCAGACUACCAGCCGGACGUCCGGAAUAGGUACAACAACGGCGUCGGUUGUGACGACGACGAAUUCGACGACGAGGACGAGGACGACGAAGGGUCAGCAGGGUCCGCGGGGGGCUUACUUCCGGUAACGUUGCUGGUGGUGGCUGCGUCCGCUUACCUAGUCUCGCGAUGAUGACCGCGACCACUAUAUUCCGCGGCGCCACGGAUCAAGGCGCGCGCCGGUACGUGCAACUUUUAUUUCGGCCGUCCGGAUCGCGUUUUUUCCGUUUUUGUUAUAUAUACCUACAUUUCUCAUUAUUUUUCGUGUUUUUUUUCUAUCAUUAUUAUUUAUUCGUAGAUCGGAUCGACUGAAGCGUAGGGAUAGGCAUAGCAUAUUAUAUAGUUCACGGGCGCGCUCUUUUAUAUAUAGUCGGGCACUCGGGGUUCAAUAUUUUACGGGGGCUUGUUUUCUAGGGAUUUAAAAAAAAAAUUGGGGGUUCUUGUUGGGUAGAAAUUUACUAUUACGUCACCAGAACGGCGCUUUUUAACUGAUAUAUCAGACUGAAAUUAAAACGUUUAAAUCGAAUAAUCUCGCGCCAAGAAUAAUCCCCAGCCUACGAUACAAUACACAGCGUAUACAUGAUAUUAUGUGUUGUGCUGUCGAUUUGCAUGUUUCCUUUUUCGAGAAUAUCGCAUCAUCGUCAGUUCGCAUCUCUUAUGUAUAUCUAAAGAUUUUAAUAAAUCUAUAUAAAGAUUGUGAUUUUAAGACUUUUAGGUACAUAUAUUACAUAUAAUUCUAGGAGAUUAUAUUGCGUGUAUAAUAUUAUGUUAAUAUUAUAAUCGCUUUACAUUCAGCUGCGUAUAGUAUAUUAUAGUCAUGCAGUGUUUGUAUGAUAUUAUUGUAAUUUGUACAUACCUAUAGUAUCUAAUAUCUAAUAAUAAUAUAAUAUGUUAAAAAAUAUAUUUUUAAA